UUGCCUUUGCUGUGGAGUGUUCUGUGGGAGGAUCAGUGGGAGCGCAGCGGUCGGGAUGUGAAGCUGAAGCUGAAGCUGCUGCUGCUGGACUCUCAGUGUGCGCUGAGGCUGUAUGAGCUGGAUCCUCAGGGUCAGCCGCUUCUUCUGUGUGAGAGAUCGUCUGAAUCCCUGCUGCAGUGCGUUCAACACAAGCACCCCGACGUGACGGAGCUGCUGUCGCUGAGGCCGCUGUGGUUCGCUGACGGCUGCUGUGUGCUGCUGCUGAACACAUGUCUGCUGCUGCAGCUCCGCUGGACGGACGCGACUGCGCAGCUGGAGACACUGUCCUGCGUUCGGCUCGCUUCACCUCUCCAGACGGAGGACGCCUGCGCCGACUGCCGGCUCUGUCGGGGAACGCUCUUCAUUCUGCUCCGGACUGGACUCGCAUAUGUGUUUGACAGCACUGAUGGGAAACUCUUGGCUACAGUGGAUUUCGCCUCAUACUGCAGUCUAGCAGACGUCUCAUCCUUCUGUCUCUUCCAGAUCUCACAGGAUCUCAGUACAGCUGUGAGCGUCACCCGGCAGAACCAAGCCCUCGCCGUCGACCUCAACCACUACUUCAGGAAGUAUCCAGAUCACCUUCACUGUCGUUCAGCCCCUAAUCGGCCAUUUCUCAGGCCCACUGAAUCAUGGGAUCAGGACAGUCUCGCGAGCUCCGUCCACAGCCUGUCGGUCCUGGAUAAACCUUUCCAAACAGACAGGUCGUGGGAGGCGCGUCUGUCUUCGCUGUACAGUCGAUCUAAAGCUCCGGAGCGCCCGGCUCAGGGGUUACCCUGGUUCAGAGAUUUCCCUCAUGUGGAGUGCCGUCGGGCGGCCGCCACCGCCAAACUCUCGCAGCCCUCCGUGAAGCCAGGGGGCGCUGUGACGUGUUUCGACGUGCCGGACGGAGUGACCGCAGCAGGCCUGAACGUCUCGGAGUUCUCUGCGCUCGUUACGUUCAUUUAUCCUGGAAACACCAACACGGUUCUGGCUUACUGGGACCUGGAGGGUCAAAGCGUGACGUACCACCGCGCAGACGCCCCCGCCGCCCCCGUCCAGAGAUCAGCCGAGGAGCACCUGUGUCUGCUACUGAAGCCGUCGGGUCUGUCCGUGGUUUUGUUCUGUGUGACGCAGGACGAGCUGUUGAACCGGCUGAUGAUUUUUGGCACGGCCGGGACGGUCGACUCGCUCUGCCAUCUGAACGCCUGGGGACGCUGUUCAAUACCCAUACAUGCCCUACAGGCCGGCCUGAAGAACCACCAGCUGGAUACGGUUGAUUUCUUUCUGAAGAGUAAGGAGAACAUCCUGAGCCCCGCGUCUGGGUUUGUUCUGCCCGUCUCGACCCAAAGCCAUCUGAGGAAUGUGCAGGCUCUGUGUCCGGCUCUGGAUCUGCUGUGCUCUGCUAUUCACGACACACACACUGAAGCUCAGAGCCAACAGUUCUGCGAUCAGCUGCUGAGCAUCACGCUCACCUUCCUCAACACGCAAACCAAAGUCCUCCUCACCAGCACACACGAGCUGGACGUGAACCUGCAGGAGUGUGUGCAGAUUUUAGACGGCUACAUCUCUGACCUGCGGCGAUACAUGAAGAAGUUCCCCUGGCCGCAUGCCUCCGUGAGUCUGAGCGCUGCUGUGUCCAUCACCGACACGCACCAGGACUGGCCGUCGCUGUCUGAUGAGGAAGUUGUUCAGCACGCUAUAUUGAGCAGACGGAUCCCACAUGCGCAGGCUUUCCUGCGCAGACGCGGCUGUGUUGAAUGCAGUCUGGAGGACAUCAGGAAGACAGGACUGAGACGCACCUUCACCUGUCUCACUCACAGAGACCUGCAGCAGGCCAAAACACUGCUGACUCACAUGGGCUUCAAUGUGAAGGAGCAGCUCCACAGCAUCUGCGUUUUCACCGCCGAUCGGGAUCUAAGGGCCUUCAUGGUGGAGGAGCUGCAGAAGCAGAAUUACCUCUCGUGUGAAGAGCUACAGCAGGUGGAGUUUAUUCAGACCAUUAAUAACUUGUGCUCGACACCUACGACGAGAUGCUCGAACCGUCUGGACACCAGCAGGGUUCUUCAGAUAAGCCGGUCUGAUCCCGAGAGCAGGCGUCUGCUGCAGGAGAUCACGCAGGAACCGGACUCGUCCUCCUGCAGCUCUCUGCUGGAUCCUGUGCGUCUGGACUGGGUCAGAUACUGGGACAGAGACACGCAGAGCUCCAUCCUUCUGUCCCGACUGCAGCCGCCUGCUCAGGGUUCGUGGGAUGCCGCUGUUCUGUGGUCGUAUCUCACCUCUCUGCAUGAUGGUGUCCGAGCCUCGGCGUGGGUUUGCAGCUCGAUCGCGACUGACGUCCCCCGCUGGCCUGCGCUCGAGCCGCACGUCAUCAACCACAGCAGCCGCUGCGGACAGUACCUGCGUGAUCAGAUCCUGGACCUGCUCGCCCGACAGGACCUGUUUGUGCAGUCGGAGAUGGAGGACUUCCAGCAGUUGCUAUGGCGACUGGGUCAAGCCGGAGGAGUGAUGCAUCAUGGGAAUGAUCCUCCUGUCCCACAGGAGUUUCACCAGCGCUUCGUCCUGCACUGUCUGGAGAACAGCCUGCAGUACCUGCUCUACUGCUACCUGGAGCACUACAGGUUAACUCCCGGGAAUUGCCCGCUUCUGACCGACAGAAACCUGUUUGAGAGUUUCCCCUGGUUUGAGAUGAUGCUGAAAUUACAGAAAAUCACCAGAGACCUUAAAGAGCCGGAGCGGGUGUUCGGGGCCAGUCUGACGGCGGCGCAGGUUCUGCUGCCCGGGAGUCAAGCCAGCAUCAGCAGCAUGCUACUGGAGGGUCACAGUCUGCUCGCCCUGUCCACCAUCAUGUUCAGACCGGGCGGCAUGGACCAGGCCGUGCGCGAGGGCGAGCGCGGUCAGGACCCGCUGAGCAGAGUCGACCCGCAGCUGCUGCGAAUGGCCCUCAGUGCGUAUCCCAAACUCAGAGCGGCCCUGUUCCCUCAGAGCGGCCCGCGCUGCGACGUUUCCCUCUACCACCUCCUGCAGGCUUUGCAUCCGCUGGAUCCCUCCAGACUGUUCGGAUGGCAGUCGGCCAACGCCACGGGCGGCAGCGAAGCGUCCAGCGAGCCGCCGCACUUCUCCAGCUCUCAGCUCGUCAGUAAGUUGGCCGUCGUCGAGAGUCUGGACUUCCUAUAUUACCUGAGUCACGGCCGGCCGGCGUUCGCAUACGGGGUUUUCCUCACGCAGCAUCUCCUCGACUGCAGCAACGUCAAGCUUCAGUGAGUCCAGCUCACUGUUACACUGUCAAAAUAACACACAAACACGUGCUUACUGCGACAUCUGACAGCUCAAACUACAAAUCAUGCUGUUAUGACAGUCAGCUACUUCAGUUUAAAUUCUUUGAAUCAACUCUGGACUCAGACCUGCGAGGACCACCGAGACGCCGCUUCACUGCAGCAGGAGCUCGUGGAAAAGGCCGGGAAGCUGGUCAACGGUGAGAAAAGAAGCGCUCAGGAGCUGCUGGUUCAUCUGGAGACGGCAGUCAGAGACGCUCUGGAGAAGAAAGCCGUCUGUCGAUCGUCGUACGAGGCGGCGCUGGAGUGGGCACUUCCUGUCCAGUUCUGUCACCUGCACGCUCUUCCUCUAAGCCCCGCCUUCCCACAGGACUGUGCUCGUGACGGACAGUGGCUCAACUUCCUGUUGUUUGUACAGCUGCACAAUUACCCGCUACAACAGGUCAGAUCUCUGGCAGCCAGUUUCAGUCCGGCUCUGCAGUCGCACAUUUCUCUGGCUUUCCAAGAUCUUCAUCCGACCAGCUCCCAUCAGGCUGUGGAGGAUCAAGGGAGCGUCGCUCGCACUCUUCCCCGAGACGAGAGCCCCGAACCCCCCAGAGAGCUGUUCCAGGUGCUGCUGGAGAGCCAGGAGAAGCCCAGUCCCUGGAGGUUCCUGCUGUCCGAAGCGGUCCGUCAGCGCAGUCCUGCUCUGUCCGUGCUGGCAGGCUGCCAUCAGGCCGCCGAGCUGCUGCAGUGUCUCUGCGUGUGGAUCCUGGCAUCUGUCGGUGAUGAUGUCACUCAGGAAGCCACCGCCCACAUCCAGGAGAGCCCCGCCCAUCACGUGUGGAACCUCCACGAUCUCUCCGUCUUGUGGAAGACGCUGCUGUGCAGGAGCAAGAUCAGGCCUCUGAUUCGUGGAUUCCAGCUGUUUCAGAGGGAGUCUCCGCUGAUUUACAUGCUGGCAAGUGUGGUGUUGAGUUCAGACGUGCUGCCGGUCCAGUGGGUCGAGUCUCAGGCUUCGGCUCUGCUGCUGACGCUCCUCAAGCAGAGCAGGACUCAGUACGAGCUGCGCCGGCUGCUUCAGCUGCUGGUGGACAUGGAGCGACUGCUCAAAUCCAACGGGCCUGACUUCAGGAAGCUGAGUCAGCUGAGUCAGGUGCUGUCGGACACUCCUGUGCCGCUGUCUGCGCAUCUGCUGGACCAGUACUCCAGCGCCGGCCUGCAGGACGAGUGCAGGACCAUCAUGCAGCAGCUGCAGGACCUCGGCCUCUUCACGCAGGCCAGGACCGUCGCGCAGCUGGCCGAGCUGCCCAUCGACUGCCUGAUCAUAAAGGAGCUGCUGCGAGAUCUGUGCGCUCAUCAGCAGAAGCGUCAGUGGGAGAGGCAGGAGACGCGGCUGGCCUUCUGGAGGAGAUGCCACGAGCAGCUCAAGACGGAUCGCGUCCAGCCCGAGGCGGCCUCUCAGUUCUUCCUGACUCAGGCUGAGGAGCCGCUGGGGUCGGGUUCGGAGCUGGUUCAUCUGCAGGAGCGCUGUCUGCUGUUGGGUCUGGCGGGUCACUGGCUGUCCCUGCAUGAUCCUCCGCUCCCCGUCUGGCGUCUCGCCGCGCUGGAGGAGCGUCAGUGGCAGAGUCGCAUCCGCUGGCUGCUGCUUCACACGGCUCUGGAGCGCCAGAGUCUGUUCGCGCCCUCGGCCCUCUCCCACGACUCCUUCCAGAGCCUCCUCCAGGAGUUCUCCUUCUCCAGGACGGCAGCUCUGGACGAGCCGGCUCAUCUGAGUGUGGCCGGGCUCCCGGCGGCCGAGGACGACUGCCUGCUGUCUGCAGACGAGCGCAAGGCUCUGGCCGCUCUGGUGGCGCAGCUGCUGGACGAGGGCGGCGUGAGCGAGGCCAGUCGCGUCUGCAGGUAUUUCCGUUUGUUUCACAGAGACGUGUGGCUGGUCCUGAAGUGUCGCGGUCUGGCGAGCGGAGAGCUGCAGCCUGAGCUUCACAGCCCUGAUGGAGAAACCAGACGCAGUUUGCCAUCAUGGUAUCGAGAGCUGCAGUGCUCGUUCGCUGAGAUCUCUUCGGAGGAGCCCGAGGCUGUUCUGAGGAAGGUCCUGCUCUCGCAGCAGGUCGACCGCUAUAAGCGCGCUCAGGCCUUCAUCAGUGUGCAGGGCCUGCAGCCCGACGCCGUCGCCCGGCUCGUCUCCACCGCUGUGCUGGAGGGUUUGCUCGCCUCGGCUCAGGAGGGAGAAACCGGAGAGCGGCUGAUGUACGGCCCAGCCGACGGGAGAGACACGUUCCUCCAGCUGGCCAAACUGUGUGGAGACCCAAACCUGGUCGGCACCAAACUGAUGGACAGCAUCCCGACCGUCCCGCGGUCAGAGCUCAGCUGCACUGUGGAGAUCUUGAUUUUGGCUCAUGACUGCUUCAGUCUCACCUGUAACAUGGAGGGAAUCGUGAGGGUCCUGCAGGCAGCCAGACACCUGAGUCACACACACCUGGCUCACGGCGACGGCUACGGACUCCUGGUGCGUCUCCUCACAGGUAUCGGCAGGUACAAUGAAAUGACGUACGUCUUUGACCUGCUCCAUCAGAACCAUCGCUUCGAGAUGCUGCUGAGGAAGAAGGUCGAGUCGAAUUCUGAGUUUAUAUUAAAUUCUCUGUUGGACUACAUCAAGCGUUGUCUGCCGGGUGACAGCGAGAAGCACAACAUGGUGGCUCUGUGUUUCAGCAUGCGCCGAGAGAUCGGAGAAAACCACGAGGCAGCGGCGCGAACGCAGCUCAAAAUCAUCGAAUCACAGCCCUGGGCGAUCACUGCAGAUCUGAAGAACGCUCUUGUGAAGGUCCUGACUUUACUGAAAGACGCAGCUGAGAGCUACUCGAAGGACUCUUGUGUGCGUCUGGCUGUGAAAUGUGUCAAACUGGCCAAACUGGUGACUCUCCAGCUGCACUUCGUGAAUCAGGGACAGGAGCAGCGCGUCAUCAACCUGCGGCCGGCAGACCUCCAGAGCACCAUCGUGUCUUUACCGCGCUGUUACCAGGCGUUUGUGUUGGCCGAAGCGUACGACUACAGUCCGGACUGGGCCGAGCUCCUCUAUCAGAAGGUGCUUCUCAGAGCAGACUUCAGCUAUCUGGAGGAGUUCAAGCGGCACAGAGCGCUGAGUGCCGGCCUGUUCGAAGACAUCUCCAAGAAAAUGUCUCAUCACAAAACGCCGGCGAGCUGCAGUCAGAAUCUGAAGAAGCUCCUGUCUCACUGCGAGGACGUUUACACGCAUUAUAAACUAGCUUACGAGCACAAGUUCCUGGACGUGGCCAACAUGCUGCUGCAGGACUCCAAGACCAACAGCUUCCUGAAGGACCGGCUGGGCACCUGACGCCCAAAAACACCUGAGCCAGCCCUCGCCACCACAUUCUGCUCUUACCAUGCAGCGUUUAAUCAUGACCUUUCAAUAAUGUGGACCUUUCUAAACAAGCAAAACUAACUUCUCUUUCACUGAUUUCCAGUAAAAGUGAUUUUUGACCGUUUCCAGGCGUCUGUGUUUCUGUCCUGAUGUGCAUCAGCACGAUGCAGACGUUUUUCCCCAGUAACACGUUAAACUGCUGUUUUGCUGCGAGACCUUGGUGUGUCUGAUGUAGAAUGAGACGUAUAUUUACAACAUACUAUAUUUUUCUGCAUUUUUAGUGCUGAGAUUAAUAGUGGAGACACUUAAUGACGCUCUUCAGGACACUUAAAUAGGGCCAUAUGAAAUCUGUUUUAUUUUGUCACAA